AAUGCUUCCUAACCUGUUUGGAUUAGGGACCACUUUCUAGUCUGCUGAAAACUCUGGAUUCUGACCAUGAAAUUGCACACACAGAUACAGCUAGUAGACUCUGAUCUCAGGGGCCUCAAAGACCCCAGGGCUAAGGAUCUCUCUGCCAUUUGAGGAGUUCAAGGAAGGCCACAGGGUUGGGGAGGGGAGGAAGAGCCAGGCUGGUUGGCAGGCUGGGGCAGAUGUAGCUGAGUGUGUGUGUGUUUAAGAGUUUAGACACACAAAGACCUGCAUGUAGGGGGGCAUGUGCACGUGUCAGCUGCAGCUCUGCAGACCGUGGGCAGCUGCAGGGUCCUGGGUGUUUCCCAGCCUUGGCCCAGGAUCAGUGCCAGGAGGGGACUGUAAAGGCAAGCUCGUAUGGUCACCCUGCAGAUUUUCAGGCACAUCCUGCAGCGGGAGUUUUCAGGACUGAGCCACCUUUCCCGAAAGUUCACCGAGUGGUGCUAUGGGCCUGUCCGGGUGUCGCUGUAUGACCUGGCUUCUGUGGACAGCUGUGAGGAGAACUCGGUGCUAGAGAUCAUCGCCUUUCAUUGCAAGAGUCCGCACCGACACCGAAUGAUCGUUUUGGAGCCCCUGAACAAACUGCUGCAGGCGAAAUGGGAUCUGCUUAUCCCCAGGUUCUUCUUAAACUUCCUGUGUAAUCUGAUCUACAUGUUCAUCUUCACCGCUGUUGCCUACCAUCAGCCUGCCCUGAAGAAGCAGGCUGCCCCCCACGUGAAAGAGAAGGUUGGAAACUCCAUGCUGCUGGCAGGCCACAUCUUUAUCCUGCUAGGGGGUAGCUACCUCCUCCUGGGCCAGGUGAGUGCCCCUCCCCUUCUCCCACCCAGAAGUAAACCUAGAAUUCUGCUUCAGGGGGCUUAGAGCAAGUUAGCUGCA